AUGCACGUUGACAGCACCACCCUUUUUGUUGCCCUCCUUACCUAUGCCAGGCUCGGCCUAGCCAAGCCCCAGUUUGGUGGCGGCGGCUUUGGCGGCGGAGGGUUCGGCGGCGGUGGGUUUGGUGGUGGUGGCUUCGGUGGCAAUGGCUUUGGCGGCAAUGGCUUUGGCGGCGGCGGAAGCAACAACAACGACUUCAGUGGAGGAGGUGGUGAUUCCCUUUCUCUGUCCCAAAACCUCGUUCAAUCUGGCAGCCAGUCGGAUGGCCAGGAGGACGGUGGUGAAGAUGGGCAGGCUCCUUCCCUCACUGACUCCGCGAACUUUAUCAACUUCUGUAACGGCCAAACUUUGACCAACGGACAACAGGUAAAGGAGGGUUCUUGCAAUGGUGUUGUCAUGGGUCAGAUUCCCGCCGAAGACAAAAUGGUCUCCUCGAUCAUCCUCGACCCGCAGCCAGGCCAGGACCUCAACGAAAACGAAGGCUUCACCGUCAACGUGCAAAUGUCGGGACUGUCGCCCGGCACGUUCACGAACCCGGACAACACGUACUAUGCUGCGCCGCAGCAGCUUGACAGCAGCGGGCAAGUGAUCGGCCACACGCACAUCACAAUCCAGGACAUGGGCGGCAGCAUGACGCCCGACCAGCCGCUCGACCCCACCGACUUCGCCUUCUUCAAGGGUAUCAACGACGAAGGCAACGGCCAGGGCCUGCUCUCGGCCGACGUCGACGGCGGUCUUCCCGCCGGCACGUACCGCAUCUGCACGAUGUCCUCGUCGUCGAACCACCAGCCCGUCCUCAUGCCCGUCGCUCAGCGUGGCGCUCAGGACGACUGCACCAAGUUCACUGUUGGCCAGGGCUCCUCAGGCACCAGCAGCGGCAGCGACAGCACGCCCACCCCCGGCAGCGGCUUCGGCGGCUUCGGCGGCUUCGGCAACGGCUUUGCCAACAACAACGCGGGCGGCUUCGGCGGCGGCGGCUUCGGCAACAAUUUUGGCGGCGGCUUCGCCAAGCGCAGCUCCCAGAGCGGCAGCGAAGACAGUGUCACUACCGACGCCGAUGCUGAUGCCAAUGCGCCCACUGAGAGCACUAGCACUAGUAGCGGUAGCCCCGUCGGUAGCAGCGGCGGCAAGUUCGCUUCGAGGCCGUUCGUCGCGUAG